AUGUCUCAACAAGCAGUCUGUGUGUACUGUGCUUCCUCUAUGGGUACUCAUCCGGCCUAUGAAAACGCAGCCAAGUGCGGUAAGAUGGGACUCAUGGGCACAGUUUCGCAAGCGGUACUCGAUAACGGGGGUCACGUCGUUGGCAUAUCCCCAUAUGCUAUGGUCGCUGCAGGAGGCGAAGGCUCUAAGACGCUUGAGGGUGCAAACAUAGACAAG